AUGGCGCUCUUCCAUCAGUAUGAGCAGCCGAAUGCCUCAGACCUCUCCGAUUAUUCCGAAUCCGAUGAGGACCUCAACCUAGACGAACUUGACGUAGAAGCCUCCGCAGCUCUCCACGCCGGAUAUAGCCCUAAGGCUAAGGGAAGAUUUGGUACAGCUCCAGGAUAUGGUGCUGGUAUAGCAAUGAGGAAUUUACGAACUGGGGCUCGAAAUCAAAUUUGGAAUCGCAGUGGUGCAAGGACCAGCCAGCAAAAUGACGACAAUGAUAUUGAUGGCUUACUGGAUAAUCAUGGUCAUGAAGGAGGGGGCCAACCGUUGUCAGGAAGGAGUUCAACUUACGCUGAGGAUGAUUCUCCACUUCUCAGCAGACGCAGCCAGCCUCCACGGCUCCAUGCCGCGAUAGAGAGCUUCUACUCCCUGCUUAGGUCCAAAUUCAGGUUGCCUAAAUUCGACUCUCCACAGACACCUGGUGAUACACCCAGUCGAUAUAACGGCUUACAGAUGAAUCCCAAUUCAAACAAUAAACCAACACGGCAAGUGGUUGUUGGCCAGGUACAGGGAACGCGAUACCCUCCGAAUACCGUAUCUAACGCCAAAUAUACCCCGUGGAGCUUUCUUCCCCGCACCCUCUACAAUGAAUUUUCGUUCUUUUUUAACAUAUACUUUCUCCUUGUGGCAUUAUCACAGAUUAUACCCAUUUUAAGAAUCGGCUAUAUGUCGUCGUAUAUUGCGCCGCUGGCUUUCGUUGUAUCAAUAUCGUUAGGCAAGGAGGCACUAGAUGACAUCGCUCGCCGACGACGAGAUGCGGAAGCAAACUCAGAGGAAUACACUGUGCUAUCAUAUUCCCCGUCUACUUCCCGAAAACAGGUCAUUCGACAUAAGCUGACAGUUCCUGAACGGGAUGAAAGCAUUCCUGGCUCGCAAAUUUUCGAAAUUACGAAAAAGUCCCGCGAUUUAAAGGUUGGGGACAUUCUAAUGCUAAGGAAAGAUCAACGUCUACCAGCAGAUGUGGUUAUUUUAAGGAGCACAUUGCCCGAAACUUCCACUACUCAGAACUUUACUCAAGAUAUACCUGAUGCAUAUGAUGCAAAUGUUGCGGAAUCAACACAUCCGGCCACAGACCCCCUUUCAACUUCGCCGGCUGUUGAAUCUUCUGAUGGCUUUGGUGGCUGGAGUGACAUCUUUAUCCGCACAGACCAACUGGACGGUGAGACGGACUGGAAGCUACGUCUUCCGUCCCCCCUCACACAAAAUCUACCUCUCUCAGAACUGAGAAGAAUACGGAUCACCGCAGGCUCCCCUGAAAAGAGCGUGAAUGAAUUCGUUGGAACUAUUGAACUGGCACCACCUUCCCCUGGAUCUUACGAUCCCCAUAUUAACAAGACCGAUGGGGCUGGACACUCAUCAACCAAUCCAUCAUCCCAUGAUGAGAUAUCUGAACCGAAGUAUGCUCCGCUUACAAUUGACAACACUGCCUGGGCUAAUACAGUCCUCGCGUCAAACACGACAACAGUUGCUACAAUUAUAUACACAGGAGCUGAAACCAGAUCAGCGAUGUCAACAUCACCUUCUCGCUCCAAAGUUGGGUUGCUUGAAUACGAAAUCAACAGCCUGACUAAAAUUCUUUGUAUAUUAACCCUAACCCUAUCCAUCAUCCUUGUUGCUCUUCAAGGGUUUGAGCCUGAGAAUGACAAGCCGUGGUAUAUUGCAAUCAUGAUAUAUCUUAUACUCUUUUCAACCAUUAUUCCCAUGAGUCUACGUGUCAACCUUGACAUGGCGAAGUCUGUGUAUGGGAGGUUCAUCGAGCGAGAUGCUGGUAUUCCAGGCACCGUUGUGAGGACCAGUACUAUCCCAGAGGACCUUGGUAGAAUAGAGUACCUCUUGUCCGAUAAAACCGGCACGCUAACUCAGAACGAAAUGGAGCUCAAAAAAAUCCAUGUUGGAACUGUAUCAUAUGCAAAUGAAGCAAUGGAUGAAGUAGCAUCUUACGUCCGGCAAGGCUUCUCCGUAACCUCCUCCUCCAGUACACCACACCUAUCGCUCGUUACUCCAACAACUAUCAAUAGUACACAGACUGGACUGGCUUCAAUUACUCGUACCCGACGAGAGAUAGGUUCGCGCGUCAGAGAUAUAAUCCUUGCUCUUGCGCUCUGUCAUAAUGUUACACCGACAUCGGAUGAAGAAAAUGGACUGAAAAUUACGGACUACCAAGCUUCGUCGCCAGAUGAGAUUGCCAUUGUGAAAUAUACUGAGGAAGUUGGGCUGCAAUUAGUAUACCGCGAUAGGCAUAGAAUCGUUCUAAAGUCUGUACACACAGCCAAUAUUGUCGCGCGUGUUCGCAUUCUAGAUAUGUUCCCGUUCACCUCUGACUCUAAGCGCAUGGGCAUUAUCGUUCGAUUCGAACAUGGUUCUGAUUUGGAUAAAUCAACAGCACAGGAUGAAGAGAUCUGGUUCUACCAGAAGGGUGCUGAUACCGUCAUGUCUUCUAUCGUUGCCGCUAAUGACUGGCUCGACGAGGAGACUGCCAACAUGGCCAGAGAAGGUCUUCGUACCUUGGUCAUUGGACGGAAGAGGCUGUCUCAGGCGCAGUACCAAGAUUUCUCAUCUGAUUACAAAGCAGCUUCAUUGUCUUUACACAAUAGGGAUACUCGAAUGGCAAGGGUUGUCAAAGAAUUCCUCGAGCAGAACCUCGAACUUUUAGGUGUCACGGGUGUUGAGGACAAACUCCAGAAAGAUGUCAAACCUUCCUUGGAACUACUACGGAAUGCGGGCGUAAAAAUAUGGAUGCUCACGGGUGAUAAAGUGGAAACAGCUCGCUGCGUGGCAGUUUCCGCGAAACUUGUUUCAAGAGGCCAGUACAUACACACCGUCACCAGGUUAAAGGAUAGAAGCUCUGCCCAGGAAGCGCUAGAUUUCCUCCGGAAUAAAACAGACGCUUGCCUCCUCAUCGACGGUGAAUCGCUCACGUUAAUGCUCUCCGACUUCCACAGCCCCUUCAUAUCAAUCGCCGUCCUCCUCCCCGCAGUAAUCGCAUGCCGCUGUUCCCCAACCCAAAAGGCCGAAAUCGCCAGUCUAAUCCGCAAGUACACAAAAAAGCGGAUCUGCUGCAUUGGUGACGGCGGCAAUGACGUCUCCAUGAUCCAAGCCGCAGACGUUGGCAUCGGCAUAGUCGGCAAGGAGGGUCGUCAGGCCUCCCUAGCUGCCGAUUUCAGCAUAACCCAAUUCCACCACCUAACCAAACUUCUCGUCUGGCAUGGCCGAAACUCGUACAAGCGCUCUGCCAAGCUCGCGCAAUUUAUCAUGCACCGCGGCCUGAUCAUCAGCGCAUGUCAGACCAUGUACAGCAUUGCGAGCCACUUUGACCCGAAGGGCCUUUUUAUUAACUGGCUGUUAGUAGGCUAUGCAACCGUUUACACCAACGCGCCAGUUUUCUCACUCGUGCUGGACCGCGAUGUUGAUGAAGAAUUGGCCAAUCUCUAUCCGGAACUGUAUAAGGAGCUAAAAACGGGUCGCAGCCUUAGUUACCGCUCGUUCUUCACAUGGGUGUUCGUCAGUGUCUAUCAAGGCUCGAUAAUCCAAGGGCUGGCCCAAAUACUCGUUAGAGAAGUUACGGGGCCAAAACUUAUCAGCGUCUCGUUCACGGCCCUAGUGCUUAACGAGCUCGUCAUGGUGGCUGUGUCGAUAACAACGUGGCAUCCUAUCAUGAUUUUGUGUAUUGUUGGCACGGCGAUCGUUUAUGCGGCCAGCGUACCUUUUCUUGGAGAUUACUUUGACUUGCAAUAUGUUAUUACGCUGGAAUGGGUGUGGAGGGUUAUUGUUGUUGCGGCUGUUGCACUUGUGCCCGUCUGGGCUAUGAAGCUCAUAAGCAGGACGUGGAGCCCGCCAAGUUACCGGAAAGUUCAGGGAUGA